CUUCGAAAUCCGUGAUGAUUCACCUGAUUCACAACAACUUACUCUGAACGAUGAAGCGGCUAGACUAAUGGUCAAUCCUAAUAAAGUAAGAAAACGGCAUGACCCAAUGGAUCUCGUCGUUUUGGCUCGUGAAGUUCAAAGGGGCGAUGACAUGGUCAAUGCGGGAGCCUCACAUAAAUUAAUGCUUAUCGCCGAUCAAAUACGACAUUUGCAAAUGCAAGCCAGAGAGGUUUUAAAAGUCGCAAAACGGGAUAAACAGCUGCACUACGCUCAAUGCAACUUUGUAAAGCGCCCUGGUAAAAUCUAUUACCUUUAUGAAAAACCCGAUGGAACUACCUAUUUUUCUAUGUUAUCGCCUGAGGAAUGGGGAACAGGUUGUCCGCAUGAAUUUAUCGAGUCCUAUCGUCUAGAGCACGAUUUAACUUGGACUGUAUCCCAUGAAUUUGAGAAGAGAGCUGCACAGUAUGCUGCUAUUGAUCACAUUAUCACAGGCAAACGUGAGAUACCGCUACUUGACUGGGUUGAUUCUGUAUCCGGAGACAAAAAUACUAUCACAGAUGCCGAAUAAUAACUGAUAUUUUUCUACGGAAUAGUUUGCUGUUUAAAAUCGGUUAUCAAUUAGUGUGACCAUAAUUUGCACAAUGGCAUCAUUUGAUAUCUUGGUAAAUAAACAGCAAGCUUGCUAUAGUAACAGCUAUGAAGGAAUACGAUUUACUAACAUAGGCAUAAUUGCUAUAUAAAAUCACCUUUUAGUAUAACUUUUAAAAAUUAGAUCUACAACGUUUGGUUAGCAUGAACCGCAUCAAAAUAACUUAUUCAAUUAUUAUUCGUAGAAUUGGUUAAAGCUUUCGCACAUGUAAUUUAAAAAAUG